AUGAGGGUAAAGCGCGUCAGCAGACUCGCCCUCCCAAAGGGUGCCAAACCCAAAUGCGAGCUGUGCGCCGAGCCAGCAGAAUACAAGUGUACAGCCUGUCUCAGUUGGUUCUGCUCAGUCAAUCACUUUAGAGUUGCUUGGGAAGGAGUUUUACACUUGAUAUACCGGGAACUCAAUCUUCUUCAAGAGACUUCCAACCCUGUUGGUUCCGAACGCGAGCGUCAGGAACAAGACAAAAUGCGCAAGCAAGUAGCCAAUGCUAUUCUGAACACCAGCACAUCUGCUGCCCAAACAUGGGUUGUUCAAGGAAACUUCAAGCUAGCAGUGGCUGGAGCUUUAUAUGCGGCAAGAACAGCAGAAAUGCUUUUCGGCGUGGACUCAACGGAGAUUGUUCCCUCUCAAAUUCUCUUGGCCGAAAUCUACCUAGGACUGCAACAGCUUCACUCAGCUGAAGAGCUUUUAAAUAUGGUAUACUUCACCGCUUGUGAAUUUGGACCAACGAAUUUCCGUAUUGUUCCUUCUUUCUUCAAUAUGGCUGAAGUAUUUAAGAAGAAAGAGGAUUCAGUGUCCCGCAACGCAUGUGAAGCACUUUACUGCAAGAUCUGCGAAAUUAUAAUGGCUUCAUUCGAGCACAAAUUAUGUGGUGCUGCUGGUGACCAAUUCGGGCAGAUGCUAGAGAGUAUGGCACUGUGCGCAACUGGGCUUAUUUAUGCCCACGUGCAAGAACUUGAAAAGGCAAGAGACUACACUCAAAAAUUUUCUAUCGUGAAAGCAGGCAUCGGAACAGGCUAUUGGAGUGGUGGAAUGUGCACCCUUAGAUUUCUAUGCGGUCAAUACACCGCGGGCAUGCUUGGCAACGCGUUCCUUUUUGCACCCGAUUUUGAAGCCUGA